GUCCUUCUUUCCGUACCGUUCGCGUUUCCUGUACGAGAGAAAACAGCAGGAGGAAGAGAAAUAUCAAUACAAGGUAGUUUCGAAUUGCCUCAUUAGGAAGGGCUCUUAUAAAGUUACUUAAACAAAAUUAACGUCUCGGAGCAAUGGCAUAUCAGCUUUACAGAAAUACCACACUGGGUAACAGCUUGCAAGAAAGCCUGGACGAGCUAAUUCAGACCCAACAGAUCACUCCCCAGCUGGCACUCCAGGUUCUGCUUCAGUUCGACAAGGCUAUUAACACAGCACUGGCUAAUAGGGUGCGAAACAGGGUCAACUUCCGGGGGUCAUUGAACACAUACAGAUUCUGUGACAAUGUCUGGACGUUUGUCCUGAACGAUGUUGAGUUCAGAGAAGUGACCGAUUUGGUGAAAGUGGACAAAGUAAAAAUCGUCGCUUGUGAUGGGAAAAGUAAGUGUAGGCUUUGGCCUAUUCUUUUAAUUUUGUUCCUUUUUCUUCAUGGAUGCACAAUAAUGUAUGAAAUGUUCUUUGGUGACUCAGUCUGGCUCCUUUGUAUUAAACUGAAAGGUGUAGUUUCAAGGUUUCAGUAAAAACGUAGGUCUAAAAUUCUCACCAGGGCAAUAAUUCUGCAGUGUCUGUGUUUUUUUUUACUUUGUGUUUUGCUGUUUAAAUGUUUUCCAAAAAGGAGAUUUUUACAUGUAUAUGAAUGUUAGUUACUCUUUAAGUAAUGUUAAUUAUUGUUUUAAACAGUGUACAGUCAUGAAAUGAUCAUGUAAAGGUGAAUGCCAUUGUUGUGGGAAAUUCUUCAUCAGAGGAGCAGGACACAGUCUUGUGCAGAUUCAGUUUUAUUGAGCUCAAUAAGUCCAACAACACGCUCUGGGUCAGCCCCACA